AUGGCGCCUUUGGUCGCCACCUAUCGCACCGAGUCGAAGCAGCUUCACCUGAGUCCGUGGACAGACCUCGAGAGCCUUACGCCAGAGGAGCUGCAGCUCUCCGUGUUGGAGCGGCUUCAGCAGAGCAACAGCACCAGCACCGAAGCGAAAGAUUACGACGACUCUCCAGGCCAAAGGCUUCUUUUGUCGCAGAUUCAAGGAAGCUGGAGGGACAAAGGCACACCAAAGUGCUGGCGUCAGCUGGGGCGUCUGUUGGAGAGAUUGACGGAGCACUGUGAAAGAUCUCAGAAAAGCGAGCACUGGAUCUUCAAGUUCUACGAGCCGAGGCCUCCCGCAAAGACUUGCGUGGACAGCGUUCGCGACAUUUUUCUGCAUGGCCAAACGCUGGUUCGGAGGAUGGACGUGCCACGAUCCAAGCUUGCUUCUCUUGAUCUUCCUGCCAACACGGUUCGUGAAAUGCAGGCACUGAUGUACCUGCAGUCGUGGUUCGUCCCCCUUGCAGCCACGACGAAUUCUGCCCUGUUGUGGGCAGGUUUCUGGGACGGAGAUCCCACAAAUCGGACCACAAAAUCCGCACUUUUCCAGUUUGCCGAUGAAACGGACCAUGAUACAGUGCAUCCGGACAGCAUCUUGGGACGACUCAUCGAGGAAAGCCAGGAUCUCAACGACUGCGACAAAGAUGCAUCGACAAAUCAGAUGCUGCAGAACAUGUGGACUUUCAGCAGCAUGAGCUUCGUCUCGAACAUGCGGGCGAAGGCCCAAGGCACAGUGGUUGCAGUAGUCAACAAGGAUCUCACAGGGGUCCGGAAGCUGUCCGAUUCUGUGCUGUUUCGAUACGAGAUGCCGACGCUUGGAAUCACAGCCUGGGGAUCUGGAGGGUGGUCCCCGCAUAUCGUCAUCUUGGAUAUGAAAGGUACCUGUCAUGACACGAGCCCUUCCCUUCGGGCGCAACUAGCUGCGCAUUUACGCUCCUGGUCCGGGUUCAGGGCCAAGACCAGCAAAGACAAGACGAAGGCCUUCAUGAAGCGGUCCCGUGCCAGCUGGGACUGCGUGGACUGUCCACCGGACGCGUGCAACCUGGACGCUGCCUUGGCCCAGCACAUCCAGCGCAUGGUGGAGGCGAAGAAGACGCAGGAUGAUCUGAACCAGAUCCUGUUCGAGGCUGUGGGGUCCAAGGGCCGCAUACGAUCCGAGGCAGCAGCAGAAAUUGUUACCGACCGCCACAUAAAGAAGACAGCAUAUGCUGCAGCACUUCGUCAAUCUGUUGCCGGAUUAAGAGACAAAACAUUUUCGGCAAAAGAGUAUGUUGCAAUCGAGAAGACUGUGGUAGAACGAGAAAAACGCUUGGCCCGGUCCAACCCUCGCUUGGCACUGGCACCGGAAUAUCGCCUGAGAGUCGUGGAGUCCCUGCUGCAUCGCAAGGCGGACCCCAAAGCCAUGGAAGCAGAUUGCAGGACACCCCUCCACUAUGCUGCUCUGAGAAAUUACCUGCAGAUCCUAGAGUUCCUUCUGCAGUACAAGGCUGACCUCAACGCUGCUGACAAUGCAGGCCGCACGCCCCUACACUUGGCUGCCAUCAAGGGUCAUCUCGAGGUCGUUGAGUCAUUGCUCAAGAACAAGGCCGACCCGAACGCCAUAGACAAGUUCGGCCGCACGCCCCUAUACAUGGCUGCCAGCGAGGGUCAUCUCGAGGUCGUUGAGUCUUUGCUCAGGAAGAAGGCCGACCCGAACGCCAUAGACAAGUUCGGCCGCACGCCCCUAUACAUGGCUGCCAGCGAGGGUCAUCUCGAGGUUGUUGAGUCAUUGCUCAAGAACAAGGCCGACCCGAAUGCCAUGGAGCAGGAAGGCCGCACGCCCCUACGCUGGGCUGCCAACAAGGGUCAUCUCGAGGUCGUUGAGUCAUUGCUCAAGAACAAGGCCGACCCGAAUGCCAUGGACCAGGAAGGCCGCACGCCCCUACACUUGGCUGCCAACAAGGGUCAUCUCGAGGUCGUUGAGUCAUUGCUCAAGAACAAGGCCGACCCGAACGCCAUAGACAAGUUCGACCGCUCGCCCCUAUACAUGGCUGCCAGCGAGGGUCAUCUCGAGGUCGUUCAGUCUUUGCUCAGGAAGAAGGCCGACCCGAACGCCAUAGACAAGUUCGGCCGCACGCCCCUAUACAUGGCUGCCAACAAGGGUCAUCUCGAGGUCGUUGAGUCAUUGCUCAAGAACAAGGCCGACCCGAAUGCCAUGGACCAGGAAGGCCGCACGCCCCUACACUUUGCUGCCAACAAGGGUCAUCUCGAGGUCGUUGAGUCAUUGCUCAAGAACAAGGCCGACCCGAACGCCAUAGACAAGUUCGGCCUCACGUCCCUACACUUGGCUGCCAACAACGGUCAUCUCGAGGUCGUUGAGUCAUUGCUCAAGAACAAGGCCGACCCGAAUGCCAUGGACCAGGAAGGCCGCACGCCCCUACACUUGGCUGCCAUCAAGGGUCAUCUGGAGGUUGUUGAGUCAUUGCUCAAGAACAAGGCCGACCCGAACGCCAUAGACAAGUUCGACCGCACGCCCCUAUACAUGGCUGCCAACAACGGUCAUCUCGAGGUCGUUGAGUCAUUGCUCAAGAACAAGGCCGACCCGAAUGCCAUGGACCAGGAAGGCCGCACGCCCCUACGCUUGGCUGCCAACAAGGGUCAUCUCGAGGUCGUUGAGUCAUUGCUCAAGAACAAGGCCGACCCGAACGCCAUAGACAAGUUCGACCGCACGCCCCUAUACAUGGCUGCCAGCGAGGGUCAUCUCGAGGUCGUUGAGUCUUUGCUCAGGAACAAGGCAGACCCGAACGCCAUAGAAGAGUUGGGCCGCACGCCCCUGGCCUACUCUGCGAGUGAGGGUCAUCCCGAGGUCUUUAAGGUUUGGUUCAAGAACAAGGCCGCCAUGCUGCGUCGGUCCGAGUGA